AGAGAGACAGUGACGGCACAGACUGGGGAAGGAGCUGGAAAUGAAGUGCCCGUACUGCUCGGCGUCGCAGGGGCGGUGCGCCGUCACCAGCGGCGGCCGCCCGAUCACCGAGUGCACCUCCUGCGGCCGCGUGGUGGAGGAGCGCCACCACUUCCCCCACCACCUCUUCCACCUCCGCUCCCAGGACAACCCCCUGUGCCUCGUCACCUCCGACCUCCCCUCCCUCCCCCCGCAAGCCCUAACCCCCGCCGACGCCGACGACGAUCCCUUCGAGGCCACCGGCUUCAUCACCGCCUUCUCCACCUGGUCCCUCGAGAACUCCCCGCUCUCUCUCCGCUCCUGCCUCUCCUUCUCCGGCCACCUCGCCGAGCUCGAGCGGACUCUCGAGUCCACCAACCCCUCCUCCUCGUCCUCGUCGGCGAAUUCCAGCUCGACGCCGUCGUCGUCGUCGACGGUGGUUGUGGACAAUCUGAGGGCGUACAUGCAGAUCAUCGACGUGGCGUCGAUCUUGGGGCUGGAUUGCGACAUUUCGGACCACGCGUUUCAGCUGUUUAGGGAUUGUUGCUCGGCGACUUGCUUGAGGAAUCGGAGCGUCGAGGCUCUUGCUACUGCCGCUCUGGUUCAAGCCAUUAGGGAGGCGCAAGAGCCUAGAACUCUUCAGGAAAUUUCAAUUGCGGCCAAUGUGCCUCAGAAAGAAAUUGGGAAAUAUAUCAAGAUACUUGGGGAGGCUCUCCAGUUAAGUCAGCCCAUUAACAGCAAUUCAAUAUCUGUCCAUAUGCCAAGGUUUUGUACACUCCUCCAACUCAACAAAUCUGCUCAGGAAUUGGCUACUCAUAUUGGGGAAGUCGUGAUCAACAAAUGCUUCUGCACUCGUAGAAACCCGAUAAGCAUCUCUGCAGCCGCUAUAUAUCUUGCGUGUCAACUAGAAGACAAGCGGAAAACUCAGGCUGAAAUUUGUAAAGUGACUGGUCUGACUGAAGUCACCCUCCGAAAGGUUUACAAGGAGCUCCUAGAGAAUUGGGAUGAUCUACUGCCGUCUAAUUAUACUCCAGCUGUUCCCCCGGAGAAAGCAUUUCCAACAACUGCAAUUACCUCAGGCCGGACUUCAAUCAAAGCUGAGACAGCUGAAGUAAUUGUACUGGACAAAGAUAGCCAGGCGGAGGCUAAACCAAGCAAAGAUAAAAAGGCGGACAAUAAAUCAAAUAAGUUCAAUGAAGUCCCUGACAUGAACCAUCGGGCCAGGUCCAUGGACGAAUCUGAAUGUAAGGGUAACUCUACAGGAGCAGAUACACACUUGUCAAAUCAGAUGCAAACUUUCAUUCAGCCUUGGCUUUCUUUUGGGCCUUCUGGUGUCAGUUCAGCCGGAGAGAAAGGUCAGAGCGGUAGUUCGGCAGUAGACAUAAAGGAGGCACUGUCAAAGCAUCAAAGGCCCGAGAGCAAGGAAGAUAAGGAGAAAAAGGUCACUUUUGGCUCUAUAAAGCCAAAUCCUAUAUCAAGUUCCUCUGCUACUGCAAGCUCAGUUACUUGGCCAUUCUUUGCCUCACAAUUUGGGGAAGCGCCAAGAGGGUUGCCUGACGAUGUUGAAAUGAAAGAAGUUGAGAUCCAAAAUAAACAUAGAAAUGCCUAGUGCGGAGAUAUUCGAGUGUAUAAGAUUCUGCUGAAAAGAAUAUAAUGCUUUGGUAGUGUCUUGGUGACGAGGUUCGAGCUGCUAAUUGUUUGGGGACAAAAAAGCGAGCCCGAAACAACUUGGAUGCUGAAGUCGGGAUAUGAAUCGGUUCCCUCUAAUGAAUACCAGCAU